UGCUUGAAAGAAAACAAAGUUUUGUGUACAACAAUGGCAACACGGGUUAAGUCAGCUGGAAGAUCAACACCUGAAUACAAGACCUUUCGAAAGAACAUGGUAAAGAUCAGAGAUGCCCUGACAGAAAAUGAUACUGCGAAGAAGACCUUAGAAAUCAAAUUUAAAGAAGUUGUAUGGUUAGAAAAGAGUGCUGAGAAAUCUAAACCACUUGAUCUAGUGAUUAAAGCAAUGAGCAUAAUUUCAAAUGAUCCCAGCCAAUACGAAGUAUUUCGCAAAAUGCUACAAGCUGUUGGUCUGGAUAAUGAAGUAUUGCCAAGUGUAGAAGAAGCAGAUAAUGAGUUGCCUCAGGAUCCUGCUGAUAUACCACAAUCUGAGCAGGGAAAAGAUGAGCCUGCUUCAGCAGGAAGUGUUGGCUCUGAAACAAGGAGUAAAGAUCAGGUUCAUUCAAGAAGAGGCUCGAGGGCAAAUGAACACACUUUAGGAGAAAAAGUUGGCUCUAGUGCAUCACAUCCGUUGCGGAGAGAUAGUGGAGUUGGCAUAACGGCAAGUGAGAGUCAAACAAUGUCUGAUGAUAGUGAAUUUCCUGCAGGGACAGCAUGAGUCAGUAGUACCCUGCAAAGCAUUCUUCAUCGAGUUCUGUACCAGUUGUGGACAAUCAUAGUGGCUUUAAUAAACAUAACACGGUAGUAAACGCUUUACAGGAGCAAGAUACCGCCAGAGCAAGUUGCAGUCCUGUUUUGCUUGCUAGGCUGAAAGAACAAGAAAAGAAGAUUGAUCAGCUAAAGAAGCAACUAGAAAAAGAAAUUUGUGAAAAAAGAGAGGUAAUGAAAGAACUUGAUGAAUUUAAGGAAAUGGCAAGAAAACAACAAAAAACGGCAGAUAGAAAAAUAGAACAGAAAGAGCAAGAACUUGAGGAGUGCAAAAAGAUAAUAGCAGAGUUAGAAAAGAAGGAAAAUAGAGUUAAAGAGCUCGAAGAAGAUGUGACCCGAAUAAGGGAGGAAAUAACUAAUAUAAAGAAGAACAAUGAACUUGAAAAUAUGAAACUACAAUGUAAGCUUAGUGAGGCUGAGAAGAAACUAGCUGAAAAAGACAUCAGGAUCCUAGAACAAAGGAUGAAAAUAGUGGAGCUUGAAAGCAAAAUUGCUAUUAGUUCAAAAGAUGCUGAAAUUGAAAGACUGCAACAGAAAUUACAAGAUGCUGGGAUAGAUCACUGAGUUUAUCAUAGAGCAAAGGCACUUUCACAACGUUAUUUAUUGAUUCUCGUUUCCCUGCAUUAUACUAACACUUUAAUAUUUACCACUUGAAAAACAAAUUGUCAUACAUCUUCCAAAUGUCCCACAAACUGCAGGAUUGCCCCUUAAAGAAGACCACCAUCCUGCAGCC